ACCCUCUGCAUGGAGUUGCCUAAAACUGUUUGGAUUGGAGAAUGGUGAUUAUUUUUUUACUAUAUAUCCUGUUUGGACAUUGGCACCAGCCAUUGUUACACCAGCCAUUGGCAUCAACCAUUGUUUUUCACCGGAUAUCAGCACUAAUUAUUAUUUCACCAGACAUUUACUACAUCUACUCUAGUAAUGAGCAGUGCACUCAGUGUUGUGGAUAUACACAGAUGGAUCGAUUGGCUGCAAUCCCUUUGAGCAACUUGUGACAACAUAUUGGAUGGAAUAGCUGCGAUUCUGAGCUAUUUGUGACAGCCAACAGUUGGCAUUGUAAGAUAAUGGGCUCCCCUAUAACCAGUCUUGCAUGCUUGCUUAUCAUUAUAAUGUCUGCCCAUGGCGGUCCGGAUCCCACUUUGGAUAAUCACUGGAAGCUAUGGGUUCUACAACACAAGAAAGUCUACAUGAAUGCGAUGGAAGAGAUGAGAAGACGGAUGAUCUGGGAAGAUAAUCUGAAAUUUGUCACCGUCCACAAUCUGGAGUACAGCCUGGGGCUUCACACUUUUGAGGUUGGAAUGAACCAUCUAGCAGACAUGACAUCGGAAGAAGUGGUGGCCACAAUGACGGGCAUUAGGGCUCCUGACAUCACAGAGCUGAAUUACACAAGUAGAUUAGAUAAAUUGGAUAGUGUAUUUCCGGAUUCAAUUGACUGGAGAACUAAAGACUGUGUCACAGAAGUAAAGUACCAGGGAGAAUGUGCCUCUUGCUGGUCUUUCAGUGCAACAGGCGCUCUGGAAUGCCAGAUGAAGCUGAAGACAGGAAAGUUGCAGUCACUGAGCGAACAGGAGCUUGUGGAUUGCAGCGGAAGCUAUGGAAACUAUGGAUGCAAGGGAGGAUGGGUAGAAAAUGCCAUUAAAUACGUAACUGAACAUGGACUUGCACUGGAAUCCUCAUACCCGUAUGAAGGAAAGGAAGGCACCUGCCGCUCUGCUCCUACUGCUGCUACAUGCCGGGCUUUUAAAAUGUUGUCAUAUGGGAAUGAACUCUUACUUCAAAAUGCAGUGGGAACCGUGGGACCUGUAUCUGUGCUAAUAGAUUCUUCGCAACAGUCCUUCUACCUGUACAAAAAUGGUGUCUACUAUGAUCCUAAAUGCAAUCCACGAAACCUUAUCCAUGCAGUACUGGCAGUGGGAUACGAUAAAGAAAAUGGAGCGGCCUAUUGGCUGGUUAAAAACAGCUGGGGCCUAGGCUGGGGUGAACAAGGGUACAUCAAAAUGGCCAGAAAUCGCUUCAACCAUUGCGGAAUCGCCGGACACUGUGUCUAUCCAAUUGUAUGAAAGUGGAAAUGUUGGAUAUGCUUUCCAUAUCUUGUAUUUAGUCUGCUUUUCAUUGCAAAAAUAAAACAAUCUAUGUCAUGUA